AUGGCGGCCUCGCGAUCUACAUCCAAAUCAAACCAUGUCUAUCUGAACGGCCGAACCCUGGAAGGAGGUGGGCAGCUGGUUCGCAUUGCCGUUGGGCUGUCUGCAUUGACUGGUCGUCCAGUUAGCAUUGACCAUGUUCGCGGGAACAGAGAGGGAAAGAAGGGACUCAAGAGAUCCCACGCUGCAGCAGUGAAGCUGUUGGCCGAGAUUAGCGGUAGCAAAGUAUCGGGAGGCGAGGUUGGCUCCCAGUCCUUGAACUUCUUUCCGCAGUCUACCAGAUCGAAAAGCGGACCGCUUCUGGACUUGUCGCAUGUCACCGUAAAGUCUGAAUACGACAUCAAGCUCACGACUGCCGGUGCCAUCUUUCUGGUCUUCCAGGCCCUCUACCCGUAUCUGCUUCAUGUUGGAUCGCAAGCGACUGCUCACUUUGUGAAAGUAACCAUAACCGGCGGAACCAACGCUUCUUAUUCUCCUUCAUAUGACUAUGCAGCACAAGUCAUCGUGCCCAAUUUUGCCACGCUUGGACUUCCUCCCUUCACUUUCCUCAUACAUACGCUCGGAUCUCGAUAUAAUCUUGAUGGCGAAAACCAGCCUGAGGAGUCAUCAGAAAGAGACAGGGCAGCCAAGCCUGUGUGCAGCUUCCCGCGGAUUAACUUGAUGGAUCACAAACGUGGGAAAGUUACGCAAAUUGAUAUCACAGUGCUAGCACCUGAUCAACCCACAUUGAACGCCAAUGCAGAAGAUGGCGGGGGGAGUACCGUUCGUCAGUUUAUCGAACAGUUCACUCAACACACUCUCCGUCGUGAAAUGAGGAAGCUGGAUCCGUCUAUAUUUGCCAAACGCUCGACUUCGCGUCCAGCUGAAGAGGAUGCUCCCGAGACAUCAUCCAAAGAUACACCAGUUCCUACCAAAAUCCACACAUCGGAAGCUACAAAUCACCGCAGCCACGUGUACGUCCUUCUUGUGGCCCAUACCUCCUCAGGGUUCAGAAUAGGCCACGAUAUUCUCGGCGGCAUAGGAGGUGAUCGUCUGUCUAAGCCAAAGAAUAAAGGGAAGCAGAAACACCAGCAAGCCCAGGACGCUCGGCAUGAUUCUCAAAAUGAGAUAGUAUUUUCUGCGGCUGGACAUCUAGUCCGCCGAUGCGUGGAAGGAUUCAUCGGGGAAAUCUCAGACAAGAGUCCAAAUGCCCAGCCAGACCAGAAACCUGCCUCCACCGCCAAGAGAGCUUGUCUAGAUAGUUAUAUGAGAGACCAGGUUGUUGUCUUCGAGGCACUUGGAAAGGCCUGUCACGCAGGUGGGGGUGACACCGAUGCAACAGAUACCGAAACUCUGGAAGACGAGAGAGGUUGGACACUCCAUACAAAGACCGCACAAUGGGUGUGCCGGCAGAUGUUAGAUGUAUAG